AUGGAGCUCUCCGGUGGUCUCUUUCUCCUUCUGAUGCUUGGAGUCUGCACAACAAACCGGAUUCCAGAGACUAGUGAUGACAACAGUGUUUUUGAUCUCUUUGAGUUAAUUGGCUUGGGCCGCAAGGGAGCCCACAAAGGAUUGGGGGUGCAUCCGGUAAAAGGACUAGAGCUUUCCAGCCCUGCCUACCGCAUAGAUGACGCCACCCGUAUCCCUGCUGUUUCUGAUCACAAAUUCCAAGACAUUCUUUAUUCCAUCCAAGCUGAGAAGGGCUUCAUCUUGUUAGCUAAUCUUCGUCCGAUAAAGAAGGAUGCUGGCACCAUAUUGGCCGUGGAGCGCAAGGACAACUCUGGCUACGUUUUUAAGUUGGUGCUCAAUGGCAAGGCGAAAACAUUGGACUUGAGUGUCUUUCCUGAGGAAGGCAAUCAAAGUUUGGUGUCAGUGGAGGAGGUGAAGUUGCCCAUUGCACGAUGGAGUAGCAUCAUCCUCUUUGUGCAAGAGGAUCAGGCUCAACUCUAUGUGGGCUGUGAUAAAAUGACAAAUGUUGAGCUGGAAAUUCCUAUUCAAGACAUCUUCACUCGGGAUCUGUCCAACAGCGCCAGACUCCGCAUUGCUAAAGGAGGAGUUAAUGACAACUUCCAGGGAAUGCUGCAGAAUGUGCGGUUUGUGUUUGGAACUACACUGGAAACCAUCCUGAGGAAUAAAGGCUGCCAGAGCUCUACUGGAACACUUAUUAAAUUAGACAAUCCCAUGAAUGGCUCCCGCCCAGCCAUUCGCACCAACUACAUUGGCCAGAAAACCAAGGACAUCUGUGGCUUUUCUUGUGACGACCUAACCAAAAUGUUUAUAGAACUGCAAAGCCUGCGUGCCCUGGUUACAAAAGUUGAAAAAUCUGUCAACCAUAUGGAACUUAUCGCCCCACAUAAUAUAAAGAAAGGAAUAUGCCUCCACAAUAAUGUUGUGUAUGAAAAUGCAGCUGAGUGGACCACUGACACCUGUACCACAUGUACCUGCCAGAAUUCUGCUGUAAUGUGCCAUAAAGUAUCUUGUCCUCUCAUGCCUUGUUCCAAUGCCACAGUUCCUGAUGGUGAAUGCUGCCCAAGGUGUUGGCCAAGCGAUUCUGCCGAUGAUGCUUGGUCUCCCUGGUCUGAAUGGACCACUUGCUCUACAACCUGUGGCAAUGGGAUUCAGCAGAGAGGCCGCUCUUGUGACAGAAUCAACCAUCUUUGUGAAGGCUCCUCAGUGCAAACACGGAUAUGUAAUAUGCAAGAAUGUGAUAAGAGAUUCAGACAGAACGGUGCUUGGAGCCAUUGGUCCCCUUGGUCUUCCUGCUCUGUUACUUGUGGAACUGGGUUAAUCACUCGAAUCCGUCUGUGCAAUUCUCCACUUCCUCAGAUGGGAGGCAAAACGUGUGAAGGAGAGGCACGAGAAAACAUGCCUUGCCAGAAAAGCCCCUGCCCAAUUAAUGGGAACUGGGGGCCAUGGUCACCUUGGGAUGCCUGUCCAAUUACGUGUGGCGGAGGCAUUCAGAAACGCAGCCGUCUCUGCAACAAUCCAGAGCCCAAAUUUGAAGGGAAGGAUUGCAUUGGUGAUGCAACAGCCACUCAGAUGUGCAACAAGCAGGAUUGCCCAAUCGAUGGAUGCCUGUCUAAUCCUUGUUUUGCGGGAACUAAAUGCACUAGUUUCCCUGAUGGUUCCUGGAAAUGUGGUCCGUGCCCUGUUGGCUAUCAAGGAAAUGGAAUUAGAUGCAAAGAUAUUGAUGAAUGCCAAGAGGUUCCAGAUGCUUGCUUUGUACUUGGUGGAGUGCACAGAUGUGAGAAUACUGUACCUGGUUAUCACUGCCUGCCUUGUCCCUCCCGCUUUACAGGACCACAGCCUUUUGGUCGGGGUGUGGAAGAUGCAAUGGCAAAGAAACAGGUGUGCAAGCCACGUAACCCAUGUGCUGAUGGAACUCACACCUGCAACAAAUAUGCCAAGUGCAUCUACCUUGGACACUUCAGUGACCCGAUGUAUCGCUGUGAAUGUAAACCAGGGUAUGCCGGUAAUGGGAUUAUCUGUGGAGAAGACACUGACUUAGAUGGAUGGCCAAAUGAGAACCUUCACUGUGUUGCCAAUGCUACUUAUCACUGCACUAAAGAUAAUUGCCCCAAUCUUCCCAAUUCUGGACAGGAAGACUAUGAUGAUGAUGGAAUUGGUGAUGCCUGUGAUGAUGAUGAUGACAAUGACAAGAUUCCAGAUGAUAGGGAUAACUGUCCAUUCAAUUACAAUCCACAACAGUAUGACUACGAUAGGGAUGAUGUUGGUGAUCGCUGUGAUAAUUGCCCAUACAAUCACAAUCCUCUUCAGAUAGACACAGACCAAAACGGAGAAGGCGAUGCUUGUGCUGUGGAUAUCGAUGGAGAUGGCAUUCUUAAUGAAAGAGACAACUGCCAAUAUGUGUACAAUGUGGAUCAGACGGAUUUAGACUUGGAUGGUGUUGGAGAUCAGUGUGACAACUGUCCAUUGGCACAUAAUCCAGAUCAGAUGGAUUCCGAUUCCGAUCGCAUAGGGGAUAAGUGUGAUGACAAUCAGGAUAUUGAUGAAGAUGGCCACCAGAAUAAUCUUGAUAACUGUCCUUACGUGCCCAAUGCUAACCAAGCUGACCAUGACAAGGAUGGGAAGGGGGAUGCCUGUGACCACGAUGAUGACAAUGAUGGUGUUCCUGAUGACAGAGAUAAUUGCAGAUUGGUUCCCAACCCAGACCAAGUUGAUUCGGAUGGUGAUGGACGUGGAGAUGCAUGCAAAGAUGACUUUGACAAUGAUAACGUUAAUGACAUUGAUGACGUCUGCCCUGAGAAUGUUCACAUAAGUGAGACAGAUUUCCGUCGAUUCCAGAUGAUUCCCUUGGAUCCGAAGGGAACAUCUCAAAUUGAUCCCAACUGGAUUGUUCGUCACAAAGGCAAAGAACUGGUUCAGACUGUCAACUGUGAUCCUGGACUUGCUAUUGGUUUUGAUGAAUUUAAUGCUGUUGACUUCAGUGGCACUUUCUUCAUUAACACGGAAAGAGAUGAUGACUAUGCUGGCUUUGUAUUUGGGUAUCAAUCCAGCAGCCGUUUUUAUGUGGUCAUGUGGAAGCAAGUUACCCAAACGUAUUGGGAAUCACAGCCAACCAAAGCUCAGGGAUAUUCAGGUCUUUCUAUCAAAGUAGUGAACUCCACCACGGGCCCUGGAAUGCACCUUCGUAAUGCCUUGUGGCAUACUGGAAAUACUCCUGAACAGGUAAAGACCUUGUGGCAUGACCCUCGUCAGAUAGGUUGGAAAGAUUUCACUGCUUACAGAUGGCGUCUCACUCACAGGCCAAAAACUGGCUUCAUUAGAGUGGUGAUGUAUGAAGGAAAGAAGAUCAUGGCUGACUCUGGCCCCCUCUAUGACAAAACCUAUGCUGGUGGUCGCUUAGGGUUGUUUGUCUUCUCUCAAGAAAUGACAUUCUUCUCUGAUCUAAAAUAUGAGUGUAAAGAUUAAUGAUUGGAAGGCAAUUAAUUAUAGAAAUUCAAAAUGCUGGUAUUGCACCUUCUGAACUGUAAAAUUUCUAGGAACCUUGGGGGACCAUUUGUUGUGUUUUGUUUUGUUUUUGCUCAUUCCUCUCUUCCUGCCUUCAUGAGACUCUGACUACAUGACCUGUUUCAAGGGAAUGCUUUUGAGAGAGAGAAAUUUGCAAAUCUUCCCAUCUGACCUCUGUUAACACAGAAGAAACAUGUCUUUCAGAAACAAGAACAUUCCUACGUUUCAGAAAUGAAUAAUCAUUUCUUUGAGAAAGAUGUUUGUGUAGCUGGGCAUUGUCACUGCCUCUUUUUAACUGGAGGUCCAAUGGAUCAGCACUUUUGCAACAAGGGUAUCUUUAUGUGGACUACUUAAAAAUUAAACCAGAGGUUUCCAUCUAUAGAAGAAGGAAGGGAAGAAGAUUUGAAUUAGGUUUGAGUUUGCCUCACUUUCUAAAAGAGGACUAUGCUUCCUGGGGUUUAUAUCAAGCUAAAUUGGAUGAAUUGUUACAUACUGUCCUGGACAAUGCAGAUUUGCUCAGGCGUAAGCCCCACUUAAUUCAGCAGUAUGGAUCACUUUAUGCUCACACCUAAGAUUAUACCUUAGUUCUGUUUCCACAAAUAGGGCCUACUUUGCUUAAUUGUGUAGGAAAAUACUUGCAAGUUAUACUUGCUAACUAGCCACAUGCAAUAUUAACAAAUUUAAAAAAAAAUCUAUAAUGGGGCAAAUGAAACAACUAUUCUGGCACAUUUGAUUGAAGCAGGUUUAUGGAAAAAGGGGCAGCAAGGAACAUAUGGGUAAAGCAAGAUUUCCCGUGCCGCUGCAUCCACAAUCUGGUUCUCAUACAGAUUCAGCAACAAUAUUAAAGUGUCAAAGAGCACUUUCAUCUCAAUUUAGCACUUGUGGUGGCCUUCAGUAACAUUUUAAACAUUUUUAUGAAAGUUUCAAAAGCACAAUGAGUGAAUACAGUUACAUACAGAAUUCUGUUCUACAAAAUGCAAGGGCGAGUUUAAAAAAAUGUUUCCAAAAAUGAUUUUUGUGGAAGAUAUCUGUAGAUAAAAUAAAAUGUAAAAUAUUUAUUUUUUACCUAUCCUGCCUGUUCUGAAAAGCAAAGGACUAAUAGAUUGAAACGGAAACAAUGCGUCAAGACUAUCCAUUUUGCUACAUGUUUUCUAUGACAGAAAGAUUGUAAAUAAAGGUUAUUUAUUGUUC